ACUCGAGAAUCUGAAGCUGCGACCAACACUACCCGCAACUACACCAAAAUUGCUCAGAAACUCUCCGAAACUGCCGCAAAAGCAUCAGAAAGUCUCAAUAAGUCUCUUGCACUACUCUGUUCUUCUCCCCAGUCUACUUGUCGCGCCUUUUCUCGCGUUGUUUACUGUUCUUCACGACUCUCAACUUUCGGAAGCUGCAACCCUCUUCCACCAUCACCACACCUGAGCUGCUCAGAACCCGUUAGGAGUUCUUCGAAAGUACCAACAAGUCUUUCCUGCUUGCUGCCAAUCCUCUUUACUGCCGAUACCCAUAUCACCGCUGUCGACGCGUUGUCCUCCACUACAACGCGACUAUGAACAACAUCCAAGACGGACUCACAGCUGAGGCAAAAGCCAACAUGCUAGCCAACCUCCAGCUCGAAAUCAACUCACGCAAAGAGAAGCUGCGAGCGCAAUGCGAUGCACAAUGCGCCAGUCUGCAGUCGCGCCUGGAGAGACGCGUCAACCGCAUCCCUACCGUGACGCGACAAACCACGCUACUUGAUCUCCUCAAGGCAUCCGCGCCAGCGCAACCAGUCGCCGCGCCUGCUCCAGCAACCAAGACCACUGUCGCCAAGAAAACAUCUGCGCCUGCGCCUGCACCUGCCACACGCAAGACACGCACCGCUCCUCCCACAAACCCCAGUUCAUCUGCCGCAGCAACCUCAUCACCCGACAACAGGCGCGUCAAGCCUGCCCCAAAAACGACCAAACCAACACCUGGCUACGCCAAGACGACACAGACAACGCGCACCAAGAAACGCAGCAGCGACGAGAUGUCAGGAACAGACAAGGAGAACGCAGAGAUGCAAGUACCCAAGAAGCGCACAAGGGCACCAGUCCAGAAACCAGCGUCCGCAGCUCCCACAACUCGUGCAACCCGCGCAGCAUCCCGCACCAAAACGACUACAUCACACGUCUUGUCGCCUAAGACCAAUACCGCCAAUGUCAGGAAGCCAGCUGCGCGUAGCGCCCGUCCUAGGUAGCGCCCUUAGGCGGACAUCGAUUACUACAGCAUUGAUUAUACGGCAUUGAUUGUUUUUGGCGUUUGAUACCCUCUCGUUAUCGCAUUUAAGCGGCGUUGAAGGGAGUUUUUGGAUUUUGGCUUUCACCUCCGCCCUGGCUUGAAUGAAGGGCUCUGUUGAUUGUAGCCGCCCGCAAGGGUAGGCUCUCACAGGGUUCCUGAACACAGCCGGAUGGAGGUACAAGCUACUUUGAUGUUUCUUGUACAUGGCUUCUUUUGUUUUCUUUUUCUUUUUUCUGAAAUUGGCAGUUUGGCUUGGUAGUAGCAUAACGAUGAAGCUCAAGUAGCGUAGACA